GGUGGCCGUCCCCGCGCCGCUGUGUGCCCGGGAAGGGCCCGCUGGCUCGGGCUGCGCGUCGGGGAGGAGAGGAAUCCGCUGUUUCCGGGGACGUGCCCCGGUUUCGGUUUGGAGGAGGCGUCCCACCCGCCCGCAGCUUGCAGCCCAGACCCCUGGGAGCCGCCGGCCGCCCGCGGCGACGGAAAACGCCCCCGCCCCGCCCCGAACACGGCGCCGCGGGCCCAGCGCCUUCCAGUCGAGGCCGCCGCGGUGGGCGGCUCCAUCGCCGCCAUGUCCAGCUUCGAAGAUGCCGACACGGAGGAGACGCUGACUUGUCUCCGGGUCACCGCCUACCAUCCUGGCCAGAUGCACACUGGGGUGUUCCAGUCCAUCAGGUUUCACAGCCGAGAGAAAUGGCCCUCCUGCGAAGCGGUGAAAUUUGGCCGAAAUUCCAACAUCUGUCAUUAUAUUUUUCAGGACAAACAGGUUUCCCGAGUUCAGUUUUCUCUGCAGCUGUUUAAAAAGUUCGGUAGCUCAGUUCUCUCUUUCGAAAUUAAAAAUAUGAGCAAGAAGACCAGCCUGAUUGUGGACAACAAGGAGCUGGGCUACCUGAACAAAAUGGACCUGCCCUACAAGUGCAUGGUCAGAUUUGGCGACUACCAGUUUCUGAUCGAGAAAGAAGAUGGAGAGUCGUUGGAGCUUUUCGAGGUUCUUUUUACGAUGUCCCCGAGGCCCCUCUUGCAGGAGAGCAGCUGGCCGGCGCACACACCGGUGCCCGAGUACACCGGUUUCUCAUCCUGUUCCACCAAAAGCACCUCCCCCGUGGAAAGCGAUGAAACCCAAUCCUGAGAGCAGCAGAGCCACGCGGGAGCGAGCGCGGGGGACCCCGCGGGCGCCCCCUGGCCACGCGCAUCGGUCUCCUGUGUUGCUGUCAGGCCACGGGUCCGACUGGGGUCCAGCACUGCCAGUUUGAAGUCUGCUGACCGUGGUCACCUGCUGCCUUCCUCCAUGUACUAGGAUAGCUUCGUGCGGACCUUUGGUGAAGGUUCAUGUCCAGAAAAUAUUCUUUGAGAUGGAGUGUUCUCAAAUAAGGUUACAGUGUUUUCUUUUUAUGUUACAUUUUAGUCCCGUGUUUUGUUUUGUAAGAACCAUCUCUUGGUCAUAGUAUUUCAAAGCAGCCAUUGGUUUUCAAGGUCAAGGCUCUGGGCAGCGGUGUGUAGCCUGCUGGCACCAACCUGAGUUGCUGUCUGUGCGUCACUGUGGUUUUAAUAUAGGCGCUUACUUGGGCAAUAGUACCUUGGUUUUCUGGGGGGUUUUUCCUACAAAAUUAGUGUUUAUUUUAGAAUAAAAUUUUUAUCUAUGUUCAGCAUCUAAAAACAAUACUUUAAACAUUUUAAUGAACCACUGUAAAGUAUAGAAUUUUCAAUUUCCUUACUAAAUUUUAAACCGUCUUUUUUGUACUACUAAUUUUUAAAUUCCAUGAAUUCAAAAUGUUAACAGCACAUCCAUGCAACAUAAUAAAAUC